CUCAGCUCGGAUCUCUCUGUAUGGCCCCGGCUUUGCUUAUGGCUUCUUACCAGCCCGGGGUGAAAGUAGAAGAAAGUCCUGUGAAUAAGAUGCAACAAACUGGCCUGAAGAUGUCCCUGGGCGAGGACAAGCCCAAAGUGCCUGGGAUAUUGCCUUUCAGCGUGGAGGCCCUCAUGGCUGAUAGGAAACCUGGGAGAGAUAGGUCCAGCCCAACUGCAUCUCCGCUGGUCGGGACAUCACACAGUCCCAGGGUGGCUUCUGUAGCGGCUGGAGAGACCCCCAACUCCCCCAUAUCCCUUGGAAACCGCUUCCCUGUAGGGGGAAUUAUGAAACUGCAAGAGGAGGGUCUGGUCAAGCCUGAGAGUCCCGAGAGGAGCUCAUGGAUCCAGAGCCCCAGCUUCUCACCUUCCCCAACAAGAAGGAUGAGCCCACCCCCUUGCACUUUGAGAAAGCACAAAACAAACAGAAAGCCCAGAACCCCCUUUACUACAUCCCAACUGCUGGCUCUGGAGAGGAAAUUCAGGCAGAAGCAGUAUCUGUCCAUAGCAGAGAGGGCAGAGUUCUCCAGCUCCCUGAACCUCACAGAGACCCAAGUGAAGAUCUGGUUCCAGAACAGGAGAGCCAAAGCCAAAAGACUCCAAGAAGCAGAACUGGAAAAGUUUAAAAUGGCUGCCAAACCCAUGCUCCCACCUGCAUUUGGAAUCUCCUUCCCUCUUGGGACUCCAGUACCCACAGCCUCCUUGUAUGGGACCUCCAACCCUUUCCAGAGGCCGUCUUUGCCAGUGUCUCCUAUGGGACUUUACACAGCCCAUGUUGGAUACAGCAUGUACCAUCUGUCCUAAGACUUUGCUCAGGCUCCAUUGGGACUGUGGGAAAGAAGACUUGAGUGAAUUUUCCUUGCACCCCCUUAUAUUUUUUCACUAUUUAUGAGUUCCUAGGGAAUUGAAUUGUAGAAAUACUAUGUCACUUCAAUAUGCCUAUUGUUGUCAUCUUGUUAGCUGUGUCUAAUUAGUAGUUCAUGAGAUUCAGGUGCCUUGUACACUACCAUCUUCCCAAAUUCUAAUCCCAGUCCAUAAAGUAUCAGAACCCAGGGGAUAUCUGUAGCCUCAAAAGCAUCCAAUCCACUGCUUCAGGAGUUGUCCCAGAUGGAAAGGCUUCCCAGCAAAGGUGGUGAGCACAGUGUAAAUAUACUAUAAUAUGGUACAAACAGGACUGGGAACUUAAUCGAUUGGAGAAGAGAUCCUUUGACCCAGACUGGGUAAGGGGGAAAUAGCAUAAUUUUGGGUGGGACCAGCUGCUGUGUAACUGUACCUUUUGGGAGCUUGGCACAACCACAGAAUGACAAGAUUGAUAAAGGGAGAAAAAUAUCUCUUACAUAUAAGAGAUAAAUGUAAUAUAGUAUUGAAGCUUUCACUUAACAGCACUGUCUGUUUGCAUUUCGUUAUUGCAAUAAUCCCUUUGGGAGGGAUUGUAUGUAAUAUGUAAUAUAUUGUAUAUUUGAAAUUUAUUAUCAUUUAUAUUAUAGUUAUAUUUGUUAAAUAAAUUAAUUUUAAUGUA